AGGCGGUAGGAAAAUUGGGCAUGCGUAGUCGUAGGCCAAUUAAUCUUUAGUUUGGGUGGAGCCUAUCAGUACUGGGGCGGGCCUGCAGAGGAAGAUGGACAAGAGUUGGAGCCGCUAAAAGAGGGGCGGGGCCCGAGGGGCGGGACCUCGGGUGGCCCGAGGUGGCCCGGUUGCUGGGUGAGAAGCGGCGCAGACCGAUACAUCCCGGUCCGAGGAUGGCGUCCCCACGGGAACUGACCCAGAAUCCCCUGAAGAAGAUCUGGAUGCCAUACAGCAAUGGGCGGCCCGCUCUGCACGCCAGCCAGCGUGGUGUAUGUAUGACCAACUGUCCGACACUCAUCGUCAUGGUGGGCCUGCCAGCCAGGGGCAAGACCUACAUUUCUAAGAAGCUGACCCGGUACCUCAACUGGAUUGGUGUGCCUACUCGGGAAUUCAACGUCGGUCAGUAUCGCCGGGGCAUGGUCAAGACAUACAAAUCUUUUGAGUUUUUCCUCCCAGACAAUGAAGAAGGCCUGAAAAUCAGGAAGCAGUGUGCACUGGCAGCCCUCUCUGAUGUCCGGAAGUUUCUCAGUGAGGAGGGGGGACAUGUGGCGGUUUUCGAUGCAACCAAUACCACCCGAGAACGGAGAGCGAUGAUCUUUAACUUUGGGGAGCAGAAUGGCUACAAGACCUUCUUUGUUGAAUCCAUCUGUGUGGAUCCUGAGGUCAUAGCUGCCAACAUUGUGCAAGUGAAGCUGGGCAGCCCUGACUAUGUCAACCGGGACAGCGACGAGGCCACUGAGGACUUCAUGAGGCGCAUUGAAUGCUAUGAAAACUCAUAUGAGUCUUUGGAUGAAGACCUGGACAGGGACCUGUCCUACAUUAAGAUCAUGGAUGUGGGGCAGAGCUACGUGGUGAACCAUGUAGCUGACCACAUCCAGAGUCGCAUCGUUUAUUACCUCAUGAACAUCCAUGUGACACCCCGCUCCAUCUACCUCUGCCGGCACGGGGAGAGCGAACUCAAUCUCAAGGGCCGGAUUGGUGGUGAUCCUGGACUAUCACCCCGGGGCAGAGAGUUUGCGAAGCAUCUGGCUCAGUUCAUCAGUGACCAGAACAUCCGGGAUCUGAAGGUCUGGACGAGCCAGAUGAAGAGGACAAUUCAGACCGCGGAGGCGCUGAGCGUGCCCUAUGAACAGUGGAAGGUUCUCAACGAGAUUGACGCGGGUGUCUGUGAAGAAAUGACCUAUGAAGAAAUCCAGAGUUACUAUCCCUUGGAGUUCGCCCUGAGGGAUCAGGACAAGUACCGGUACCGGUACCCGAAGGGUGAGUCCUACGAAGACCUGGUGCAGCGACUGGAGCCUGUCAUCAUGGAACUGGAGCGACAGGAGAACGUGCUGGUCAUCUGCCACCAGGCUGUGAUGCGCUGCCUCCUGGCCUACUUCCUUGACAAGGCAGCCGAAGAGCUGCCCUACCUCAAAUGUCCUUUGCACACCGUCCUGAAGCUCACGCCUGUGGCUUACGGUUGUAGAGUCGAGUCCAUAUUCCUGAAUGUGGCAGCUGUGAACACAUAUCGAGAAAGGCCUCAGAAUGUAGACAUAUCCAGGCCUUCAGAAGAAGCUCUUGUCACAGUCCCUGCUCACCAGUGACCACGACGCAUCCAAGACCCCCGGCAGGCCCUGACCUCUGUGGAGGGGUCACUACAGGCCUCCCUGGUGUUUGCAGAGCUGAUGAUGUCACCAUGCAGGAACGUUCCUGAAGCCAUGGGAGGCUGGCAGCACUCAGACGCUCAGCCUAGCCCACCUGCCCCCUUGCUGACGGCCAGUGACAGGGUUGGAUGUGGCUGCUGAGCUUCUGUGGAGAACCCUGGCCUCUAUGCGCUGCUGCCGUUCCCCUGCUACAGCCCCCAAGCAGUGCACUCAC